GAAAUGGGAACUCUUCUGGUAGAGGUUUUCAGGCACCCAGAUGAACUUUACCCGCUGUUGAAGCUGAAACGGGCGGCAAAAAAUGCAGUGAAGCAGACCCCACCUCAGCCUCACUGGGGUUUUUGUUAUACUAUUCUGCACAAAGUCUCUCGUAGUUUCGCUCUCCUUAUUCAGCAGCUUGAUACCGAUCUUAGAGACGCUGUAUGCAUAUUUUAUUUGGUUCUUCGAGCCCUUGACACCAUUGAGGACGAUACAAGCAUACCUACAGAAGUGAAGGUGCCUACUCUCUUGGCUUUUCAUGGUCAUGUGCAUGAUCGUGACUGGCAUUUUUCCUGUGGUACAGAGGACCACAAAGUUCUGAUGGACCAGCUUCAUCAUGUUUCAACUGCUUUUUCGGAGCUUGGAAAUGGUUAUCAGAAGAUAAUUAAGGAUAUUACCCGAAAAAUGGAAUCAGUUUGGAAAAAUUUCAUCAUCUUGCAGGUUGAAACAACUGAUGAGUACGAUGAGUAUUGCCACUAUGAAGCUGGACUUGUUGGAUUAGGUCCGUCUAAGCUUUUCCAUGCCUCAGGGAAGGAAGAUAUGGCUCCAGAACAUCUUCCCAGUUCAAUGGGUGUAUUUCUUCAGAAAGCACAUAUCAUUCGAGAUUUUCUGGAGGACAUUAAUGAAACACCAAAGCCGCGGAUGUUUUGGCCUUAUAAAAUCUGGAAUAAAUACGUCAACAAACUAGAGGACUUACAGUAUGAGGAAAACUCUGUCAAGGCAGUAGAAUGUUUGAAUGACAUGGUUACUAAUCAGGGCCGCCCUGUUACUAAUGCUUUAACACAUGUGGAAGAUUGUUUCAAAUACAUGACUGGUUUAAGAGAUCCUGUUAUUUUCAGAUUUUGUGCUAUCCCUCAGGUUAUGGACAUUGGAACAUUAGCAUUAUGCUACAACAACAUUGAAGUCUUCAGAGGUGCAGUGAAAAUGAGACGUGGUCUCUCUGCUAAAAUCAUUGACCGAACAAAUAUUAUGUCAGAUUUGCAUGGUGCCUUCUAUGAUUUCUCUUGUAUGCUCAAGUCCAAGAUCAACAAGAAUGAUCCCAAUGCAACAAAAACCUUGAACCAGAUUAAUGCAAUUCAGAAAGUAUGCAUGGAUUCUGGGGUCGUAAACAGAAGAAAAUCUUACAUAAUCCAAAAUGGACCAAAAAACAGUUCAACCAUGAUUGUCUUACUUUUCGUUAUACUGGCCAUCAUUUUCUCGUAUCUCUACGCCAACUGA